UGGAGCGCGAGAAGACGCUGCAGAGUUAAGAGAAAACUGAUAUGAGGAGGGGGGUUUCAAACCUGAAUGUCAGUAGAACACUCGAGGAUUCAAAUAACGACUCUUUGAAGCAUUUUCUUUUUUUGGCAGUAAUUGAAGUUCAGUUUCCUAGUAGUCUCCCAGCGAUGUGUGGGAAAGCUUUAGAAAGCUCGCACGCAGGUCUUGUUGUUCAGUUUUCUUGCGCCCUUUCCUCAGUGGUAGGCGAUGGGUGAACCUGCUGAAUUACUGCUCAUCAGGGACCAGUAUGAGCUGGCGUUUCAUUCUUUGAGUCGUGGACUGGCUGCAGAAGAGGCAGAAAAAAGAGCCGAGGCCCUCGAGUGUUACAGGAAGGGUCGGCUACACCUCACUCAGGGACUGGAGGUUCCCACUGGAGGGCAGCGGCAGCAGGGAGCGAACUGGGACACAGCCCGGCAGCUUCAACAGAAGAUGAGGGAUACUUUAAAAACAAUUGAGAACCACCUUUCUGACCUGGAAACAUCUCAGCUUACUAGAACAGCAAACCAGAGAGACCAGCUGUUGAAGGAUCUUUCUGCUCCCCAACUUUAUCCAGACCUGGCACCAAACGGCCAGCCUCCCCAAAGCUCUGUCCACCAUCUCUACCCCACCAUACCUGCUACUACCCACAACAUUGUCCCAACCCCCAACACAGUCCCUGUCAGUCCUGCGUCCCCUCCUGCUCCAGACACACUCCCUGCAGUGGUUUCAAAAACUAUAGCCAUGGCCAGUCCAGCAGAGCAGCCUCCAGCAUACACACCACAGCCCACAGAUGGGCACCGUAUUGUGGCUUAUGCUCCUGUUGAAGGUGGCUUUUGUCCAGGAAGACAGACUGGAGCAGUAGCAGGAGAAAAUGGAACUGAACUGCUGUGCAUCCCUUCCGGGGUGCAGCUGUUUUUUGUGGCACCAAACGGGCAAGUCAGCUCACUCUCCUCUCCAGGCUACCUUCGCAUCAUUGUGGUGGACAGUCAGCAGGAUUCCCCUGCUGAAAAACCUGCAGUGUUUUUACAUGUAUGCGAUUGGAUGUACCCACUGACAAAAGACACCCCAGUGCUGCUGGCUAACUCCGGGAUCUUUAUGUUCCCUGACUCCUUGGCAGAGAUGCCAGGGUGCUAUGCGGGUAUAGUGUUGUCUUCUGAACUGCCUCCUGCAGACCUGCAGACUUUUCAGGACCUCCUGUCGCAGCUUGCUGAAUUCAGGAUCCAGGGUCCAGAGGGCACAGAGUCAGAGGUAAUCAACUUGAGUACGAAAGUCCCCCUUAAUCCCACAAAAGAGCAAGUAGAACCGACUACAUCAGCAGGAGAGCAAGAAAAACUACCACUUCCUGGAUGGAGUGAGAAGAUGGGUCAAGGAAUCUUGACAGGAGCGCUUCGGUUGAGUGAUUCACUGAUAAAAGGAGCAGAAGCUACUGGUAGGGCCAUUCACAAAGGAGCAGCCAAGAUUCGAGACCAACUCACACCUGAAGAGACUCCUUCAGAGGUCAGCCCCAGUACCACCAAACGGCUGGAGAUGGCUAGAAAGGCCACUGGGGGUGCUGUUCGAGUCAGCCAGUUCUUGGUGAAUGGUGUAGGCACAGUGGCAGAAAAACUGGCAGAAAAGAUGGCACCUCAUGUGAAGAAACAUGGUGCAAAACUGGUUCCAGAAGCUUUGAAGAAGAAAGAAGACGGCCAAGCUUCCAAAAUGGAUGGAGCCAAGUUUGUAGCGGUCAGCACUGUGCAUGGUUUGGCUACCAUUUGGUCCAGUCUGGAGACUGGAGCAAAACUUGUUGGGAAAAGUGUGGCAGCAGAGACGGUCUCAACUGUCACUUACAAGUACGGCAACAAUGCAGGCGAAGCCACAAACACUGGUCUCCAGUCGGUGAUCAACAUUGGCGUGACUGCAAACAACAUCGAUAAUGUAGGCAUCAAAGCCUUUUUCAAGAAGGCCGGCAAGUGCACAGCCAAGGAAUUGGCCGGAAAAUCAAAUGAAGAGAAAAAGUUGCAGAAGGAAGUACAAGAGGAUGAGGCUGAGGCAAAAAAUGUACAGAAGAACAAGGAAGAAGAGAAGGAAAAAUAUAUUUCCAGUGCGUCUUAAUGCCUUCCUGCAUGUUUUAUCUUUGAUAGGGAUCUUAUGAAAAAUAGACCUUUCAGUUCUUUGCCAUAUUUUGUCAUGCCCAUGUGAACAUACUAGAAUUAAUUUAACACUGAAUGAAGUUUUGCUUCUAAUUUUAACUUAUUUAAGUCUAUGUUUCAUUUGUAUACAGAUAUUAAGAUAUUCAUGUUAUAUGUACAGAUAGUCUUCAGCCUUGUAAUGUAUGUAUUCUUUUACUAAUGUGAUUAAAGGUUUUUAUGAUUUUUAGGCGCAUUUAAGCAUGAGAUGAAUUUAUAAAAUGUCUGUCAGGAAAACAGAAAAGCAAC